UCGUGAAAUAUUUUGUGAUGAAAAUACGGCGAAUAUAUUGUUAAAUACAGGAAAAUCAACCAAAUACCCCAUUCAAUAUACACUGAAGUGACUUACUUUAUCUAAGAAAGAAAUGGUUUAUCAGUUUACUUAAUUUAAGAAGUGCUUUGUGAAAGAAAAAUAAUUAAAACUAUUCUAACCAAGAUGUUUCUUUUAUGCCGUAAUAUUUAUACGCCAAAUUUAGUAAAGCAGUUAAGAAAGGUUAUUUUAAUGUAACUUCAAACGAUGAAUAUUGAAAAUGACGAAAUGUUACCGAAUAUGUGGAGCUUACUUGUUCCGUUUGUCUCGCAAGCACUCCACUGUCCUGCUGAUCGCUUUGUUUAUCCUGUCCAUAACUGUCAUACUGCACCUCUUUGUGUACAAGAAACACCACGGACACCCCUCGGCCUUGAGGAUAGGUGACUUCGACUACCGACCGGCGAGUUUCCUCAAAAAUAAACAACCCAACGAUAACCAAAGCUACUGUCACUUCAACUAUGGCCUACCGACCACUCUCAAAUGGAACGAGGUUAAAAUAUUCACGCCACCAGAAACUGGUAAGAAUAGUUCUUACAGGGUCAUAUACAACGCUAUCCAAGCGACAUACUACGAGAACAAGUCGAGCUACGAAGCGGUCACCUACGCUACGCAAGCUACGCCCGAGUUCAUCUACCACAUAGUGGAAAUUGCUAGGUACUGGGAGGGACCGAUCAGCCUGGCCGUAUUCGUCCCAAAUUACGAUUUAGAUGUGACGAUGCAAAUAAUGAAUCAGCUCUGCCGCUGCUACGCCGGUAUGUCGAAAAUAUCACUACACUUGUUCUAUCCCAAAAAAUACCCGCCGAGAAUCAGGCGCCCCAGAAAAAUAGCAACCACCGAGAUACCAAAUUCCUCCACGACUCAAAACAUCGACGACAUCUUGAGAGUGAAGCGGGAGAGAUACAGGCGGGUCAACGAUAUGCAAUCGAGGUCGGAGUACAUACAGUGGGUGAGGCGGAAAAGAAUACACAUGAUGAUGGCGCGAACUUUGAAAAAGUAUCCGGAGACGACCGUCAGCUUCGUGGACUGCUCGGGGCCGGAAAACUUCGACGUGCCGACGUUUCGGCGCGAAAACAAUAUGAAAUAUCCAAUAAACGUCGGCAGGAACGUCGCUCGCAUGGCUUCGAGGACGAACUACUUCGUAGUGUCUGAUAUUGAAUUAGUACCGAGCGACGGAUUAGCGACGAAAUUCCUCACAAUGGUGAGGAAACUUAUGGGCGAUAAGAAGCGCGACGGGGGUCGUAUAUUUGUUAAGACCGUCUUUGUAGUGCCUCUGUUUGAAGUGGAAAGGGGCGAGGCAAUACCGCGCGACAAGGACACGUUGGUCCGCAUGGUAUCUGAGAACCGCGCGAAGUACUUCCAUCAGAAGGUGUGUUCCCACUGUCAGCGGUUCCCGGGGCUGCAGUCCUGGCUCUCCCGACCCGCGCCCGCUGUGGCCGAGCCGAUGUUGAUAGCGCGUCGGGAGUACCCUUAUCAUCGCUGGGAGCCGAUCUACUUCGGCACUCAGAACGAGCCGUGGUACAGCGAGGCCCUGACCUGGGAGGGCCGACAGGACAAGAUGACGCAGAUGUUGGAGAUGUGUCUCCAGCAGUACCAUAUGGUGGUGCUGGACGGCGGGUUCCUCUGCCACGCCGCCACCACCCGCCUCAACGCCACCCACAACCGCCAGGAGGAGUCCAACAACCACCGGAAGUACCUCAACAUCAUCGCCGCCUUCAAACACAAGUACAAGGACCGACCUAAGUGUAAAGUUAAGUAGCAUAGUCGGCUGAGGAAUAAGGCAAAAGUGGAAAUAAAGACAUUUAUGAAGACGAAAUAAUGGGGCAAACGAGCAAACGGGUCACCUGAAGGA